UUGCAGGUCCCGGAGGACUUCAUCUCCCGGGAGCUCUUUGACACCAUCCAGGUGUAUGUCAUCACAAAACCCGAGCUGCAGAACAAGCUGAUCACCGUGACGGCCAUGGAGAAGAAGCUGAUUGGCUGCCCUGUCUGUAUCGAGCACAAGAAGUACAGCCGAAACGCUCUGCUCUUCAACUUGGGCUUCGUGUGCGAUGCCAGAGCCAAGGCCUGUGCACUGGAGCCCAUAGUGAAGAAGCUGGCUGGCUACCUCACCCCCCUCGAGCUGGAAAGUGGCUUCAUCUCCAACGAGGAGAGUAAACAGAAGCUGGUUCCCAUCAUGACCAUCCUGCUGGAGGAGCUGAAUGCCAAAGGAAAGUGCACCCUGCCCAUAGAUGAGUCCAACACCAUCCACCUGAAGGUGAUCGAGCAGCGCCCAGACCCCCCCAUCGUGCAGGAGUAUGAUGUCCCCGUCUUCACCCAAGACAAGGACGACUUCUUCAACUCCCAGUGGGAUCUCACCACGCAGCAGAUCCUGCCGUACAUCGAUGGUUUUCGGCACGUCCAGAAGAUUUCUGCAGAAGCUGAUGUUGAGCUGAACUUGGUGCGCAUUGCUGUGCAAAACCUGCUGUACUACGGGGUCGUCACACUUGUCUCCAUACUCCAGUACUCCAAUGUCUACUGCACCACACCGAAGGUCCAGGACCUGGUGGAUGACAAGUGUCUCCAGGACGAGUGUCUGUCCUACGUCACCAAACAAGGGCACAAGCGAGCCAGCCUCAGGGACGUCUUCCAGCUGUACUGCGGGCUGAGCCCUGGCACGACGGUGCGAGACCUCAUCUCCCGCUACACCCUGCAGCUCCAGAGGGUGGACGAGAGGAGGCUCAUCCAGUUUGGCUUGAUGAAGGGCCUUAUCCGGCGGCUCCAGAAAUACCCCGUCAAGGUUGCCCGGGAUGAGCGGAGCCACCCAGCCCGGCUGUACACGGGCUGCCACAGCUACGAUGAGAUCUGCUGCAAGACUG